AUGAGCGUAUGGGGUACAUGCAUAUUCUUCUUUCUGUGUUUGCUCCAAGCGUCAGCGUGCGGGGGAUACGAUGGCCCUCCGGAAAAAUUAAUCGGAAUCCACCUCGGCCGGGAGGUUCGCGUCGGUGCCAUUAAGGACGGCCAGGUCACCGUCUUCACCGACAGAUGGGGUGUCGACCAUUUCACUCCCUAUGUGGGUGUCUUCAAUGACCGUCCCGGCAUCGGCCGUGGCGAAAAGGCCAUCGGAAGUACGAAUAUGUUUGGGAGCGUGAUGGCAAUUAGCCACCAACGAGCUGAAAACACCGGGAUCUUCAAGCCUACGAAUCUUGAUAUCACGCCUCCAGAAGCUUGGCCCAAGGCUAAGGUCACGGAUGUGGUGCAGGGACUUUUAUCCAACGGGACAGAAUACACCUUCAUGCCCGACGAGAUCUAUGCCCCUGUUCUCGCAGAGCUACGAGAUAUAGCGGAUGCCCAUAUCGGCCCGAACAUUACCGGAGCAGUGGUCACGAUUCCGCCAUUCUUCACUGAUACUGAUCGCGAGGAUCUUGAAAGAGCUGGGAAGCGGAUUGGGCUCCCAAUAGUCCGUCAAAUGCACGAAGCUACCAGCAUGAUAAUCUCCCUGGGUCUGGACGACCUCUCCUACGAGGGAGAGCGGUAUGUCCUUCAUCUCGAGAUAGAACGAGCCAUGCUCUAUCUUUCGAUUCUAGAAACCGAUAUGGGCAUGGUCGACCGACUGGCCACGAUCAGGACAAACCUGGUAUCCCGACGAGGUGACGAAGUGCGCCCUGUGCUGGACCAGCUUCUUUACAAGGCCGCUCUAACCCCGAAACAAAUAACCGACUUGGUCAUCUACACCCCAGGGCCUACAUAUGACGAUGUCCAGUGGAGUAUAAAGGACUAUUUCCCCAACGCAUGGAUCGCCAAUACGCCGCUUCUCGAGACGGCGGGCGUUUGGGGUGCUACGCUGGUCAGUGGGUGGAUGAGCGGCGAGGGAGACGCUGACUGGGUCCCCUGUUGCUGUUCAACCCGUCGACCACCAGUUGGGAUAUAUUCUGAUGGCAAUGGCGAUGACGCUUGGGCUGAGAUUCUUAGUCCGUGUCAGUCUCUGCCUGUCUAUCAGAAAGCAUCGUUAAGCAUCCCCUGUGACGACAACACCGCGACGGCCAAGGUCUAUAUGCGCGAUCUCCCCUGUCUCGACUACCACGCUAUGUACGAGAUGGGCGAUUUGUAUGUUCCGGAGACGGAGACGACGCGAGAUGUGUUUCUCGGCGAGUUUGCGGUUCCAGCCUCUUGCGAGCAGGGUGUCGCGAAUAUCGAAGUGGAGGUACUUAUGACUCGGAACGGGACUUUAAAGGUUAAAGGUGUCAAUCUUGAUAAUAGGAAGAGUGGAGGAGACUCGACUGUCACCGUGGAAAAGCCGCAUUUUGCCUGUGGGGAUGCGCUGCGGCUUGUUGACAAGGAGCCGGCCAAUUAUACAAUCUCCGCGGGUGAGGAUCUGGAGACGAAGUAUAGCUUGGAGCUCAGGGGAUUUGUCGGGCCUGAUAGGGAGCAGAAGCCGGUUGAUGCGUUUGUGGAGUUUAAGCCUCUGGACGAUGACUUACUGGUCUUCAUGCAACAGCAUUAG